AUUGAAAUAUAGACGACUUAGCUCCUCACAGAUUCUGCUGCUCUCCUUAUUACUCUCUCGUGGAUGGAUAUGUUUGUGGUAGUCUGGAACUGAGCCCUUACAACAUACGGGCACGGGUCUGUGCUAAUUUCUAUCUGCUGUCUGUCAUGCUGGGGAGGUAGUUAAUCUCGUCGCCCUUUUUUCUAAUUUCCAUUUCAAUCCCUCCCAUAGCCCUCUCCAGUAUGACGCCUUUUGUGAUCUUAUUCCUUUUAUCCAUCUGCUUUCUCUCAGAUGUGACCGCACUACAAGUCACUCCUGGAUCAUCGUGUGCCGCUUUAUGUCUGGACAACCCGGAGAGUGACCCGUUAAACCCGGGUUCCUCGACCACGACGCCCAAGGACAUUUCAUGUACCGAUGACAGUUACGACAAUUCAGCCACCGGUAUCAAAUUCAAGAACUGCCUCGACUGCCUACAGAAGAGUAAUGCGACUACCGAUACCGAGAGUGAUGUUUCAUGGUUUCUGUAUAAUAUCCGCUAUUCGGUGGAUGUCUGCCUGUUCGGUUUUCCCAAUACUACGAAACAGUCGGAAGGAAUUUCAUCCCCCUGCACUAUCAACUGGGGGUGCCAACCUUUGAAAAAGGCACUCGAAGCGGGCAGCUUGGAUGAUACUAGGGACCAAUUGGAAUAUUGUACAGCGGACGGCGAUUUCGCAAGCUCACAUAAUGUCAAUGACUGCAUCAAGUGCUUUGCAUCAAGCCCUAAUCAGGGGCACAUGUCAAAUUUCAUAACAGCCCUGAAAGCAGGCUGUGAGCAACGGCCAGGGCCGGGUGAACUGAUUGGACUUAGCGACUCUCUCUUUAACGGUACAUUGGUCAACAUCACUACCCCAGUCAACGAGACAAUGCCCGAGGGUGGGGAUGACGCGUUCGGAAUCACGUCUACCGGAGCUAUUGUUGGUAUCUCGAUUGGGGCUGCUUUGCUAUUACUUGGCGGUUUAGCGUUGUUCUGGAUUUACCGCCGUCGUCAGAAGCGUCUUUUCAUGGGAACAGUCGGAUCCCACAAUGAUCCUCGAACCGGAAACAGAUCCACUACACCUCUCGUCGGCGCUGGAUUAUCAGACAGUGAGAAGCGGACUGGGUCACAAAUGAGUGAUUAUGAUAGCCGCACGCAAACUCAUUAUGCGAACAAUGCCGAGUACUACAAGAUGCUGGAGAGGGGAAUCUAUUCGAACGGGCCACAUUACACUGUCGACCCAAGCAACCCAAGGCCUAUCCCUCCAAGUGUCCUGCGUACGCACCCAGCUUAUCUCCCGCAAACUCAUAGUCGGCAGGGGUCACGAGAGCGAUCACCCCCGAGGCCAACCAAAUCGAACAAGCCCGAUUCUUACGCUCUCCAGACGUAUUUGACGGCGGCAGGGGAUGCCGGAGGAGCCGGCUUGUUACCACCACCACCUCCAGGACGCCCGCCAGUUGCAGCGAUAGGUGACCCAUUAAGAAGUCACGGACCGUCAUCUAACCAGUAUGCCCAUACUCGGAAUUCUUCUGUGGAACGCCGUGGGCCCUCCCCUGACCGACAGCCGCUGAUAAAUUCGAAUAUGGUUCCUACUUCCGCCACACCAAACGUGCCACCACCACCACCACCUCCUCCUCCGGCUCGAACAACCAAGGUCCCGUUCCUCGCAUUCCCAUCAGUCCCUCGCAUUCGCGUGCCUAAAAAGUAUACACCACCAACGAUCGCAGUUCAGGGCGGCGCUCCGGCCGAUGAGCCUUCAGCCCAGCCCUCGUCGAGUUUAGAAAACUAUGCCGUAGCCGAUAUAUCUAUUGGCCUCGACACCAGUAACACUAUAACUCCCACUGAGCCUAGCCACAAGCAAAGCCCUUGGGAAAGGCGCAGACCACCACCUCCAUCUCUUAGCAUCCAGACAGGAGCGGCUGACAGUGGCAAACGCCCUUGGGUUGCGGCCGCUGAUGGUAUAUAAAAAUCAGAGCGAAAGGUGCAAAGCCCCUUUUACAGUAAAGCAUGUCGCGUUUGUACGAGUAUCUAUCUAAUGCAUUGAUAAUGGCGCAUACGGAGGGAUUAUACCAUACUUGGAUUCUUGGAGGGAUUGGCAUUUUGCAGCGGGUUACAAUGGGUCUAUUCUAUGUAUAAUGAAUAUCAGGGGAUUGGGACUACACAACUUUGAAGUACUCUUGUGCCUGAACUCAUUAUCCUGGCUUAUAUAUAAGAUCGAUUGACUGAUCUAUUGCAAUGAGAUGACAUAUGUCAAUCCUUUC